UAAAUAUAUGUUAAUUUAGUCUUAUAAUGUUUAAAGAAUGUUUUAAGUUUUAUAAACAUAUUAAUUCAUCUGAACAACUAUCAGAUGUUAUAGACUUUGCAAAUGAGAUCAAUACCGAACUCAUGAAGCCUAAGAAAUUAGCAUCAGAAUUUUCUAACUAUGAUAAAAAAAUACUAGACAAUCUAGGUUUAAAGAGUGAUUUAUCAGAUUGGAAUUGUUAUGAUGUUUUAAAUAUACCUGGUUUAAUAUUUAUUAAAAAUCCAUUUACAUCAAAUGGUCAAAAAUAUUGGAUAAAACGAUGCAUUGUAGAUUAUACGAGAAAGCCAAAUCGAUUAAAUAUUGAUGCACAUCAUAUCCUUGGUGAUGAAGAAGAUUGGUGGACUACAGCAAAUAAGUUAGCUGUAAAUUAUAUUUAUGAACUAUGAUUAAUAUUAAAAC